GGACGGGAACAUUAACACACGCACAGAUUCAUGUCCAGUGAAAAUCUACCAAGAAGGCAGUGAGGAAAUAUUUUGGAUCAGUGGCAUCUUUGAUUUUAACUUCCCAGAGGGAAAAUAAUCAACACAAGAAACUCCCCAAACUGAAUGUCCUCAUCUUUGCAGCUCCAAAUCAGAAACGAUGUCGAUCGACAAUAUUUGAUUACAGAAUUGGAAUACCAUUUGGCAAGAAAUUUCUAACUCGUUGUAGACCUUCAUCUGGGAACCUUGCUUUUUUCCGUUUGCCGAACUUUGGGGAUUACACUGAAUUAUUCGUCUGUCAAUAACGGGAACUGUGUGGCUCAUGCGAAGACCUAACGAGAAAACUGAUGAGUGCGGGAGAAGUUUCCCUUUAGUCUCAAUGAACACUAACUGAGAAAGGAAAGAUCUGAAGUGGGAGAUUUCUGAAGGACAUUAGCUGAGUAGGGACAAAAGUUUCCCUUGCUCUAAGACUUUUACUUAUUUAUUGAAGAUUGUUUAAACCAAAAUGGGACGUCACUUGCUCAUGAUUGCUUCUAUAUUAUAUGUAAUGAUGUACCAGGGAUUUUGCUCUGGUGUUUUCGAGCUGAAGCUGCAGGAGUUCCUUAACAAGAAAGGGGUUAUGGGCAAUGCGAACUGCUGCAGAGGAGGAGCGACGUCUGCAAUCCAGCAGUGUGAAUGUAAAACAUUUUUCCGAAUCUGCUUGAAGCAUUACCAAGCUAACGUGUCUCCUGAGCCACCCUGUACAUACGGCGGCACGGUGACCCCAGUCCUGGGGUCCAAUUCAUUUCAGGUUCCUGAAACAACGUCGGAUAACUUUUUCACCAACCCAAUACGGUUCACUUUCGGAUUCACAUGGCCUGGGACAUUCUCGCUGAUAAUUGAAGCCCUUCACACUGAUUCCACAGAUGAUCUUUCAACAGAAAACCCUGAACGUCUGAUCAGUCGUAUGACGACCCAGAGACACCUCACUGUAGGGGAAGAGUGGUCCCAGGAUCUUCAUACGGGAGGGAGAACUGAACUGAAAUACUCGUACCGCUUUGUCUGUGAUGAACACUACUACGGCGAUGGUUGCUCUGUGUUCUGCCGUCCACGAGACGAUGCCUUCGGUCACUUCACCUGUGGAGAGCGUGGCGAGAUUGUUUGUAAUUCAGGAUGGAAAGGACAAUACUGCACAGACCCGAUCUGUCUUCCUGGUUGUGAUGAGGAGCAUGGGUUUUGUGACAAACCUGGCGAGUGCAAAUGCAGAGUUGGUUUCCGAGGACGUUACUGCGAUGAUUGCAUCCGAUACCCUGGCUGCUUGCAUGGUACCUGUCAACAGCCCUGGCAGUGUAACUGUCAAGAGGGUUGGGGUGGCCUCUUCUGCAACCAGGAUCUCAAUUACUGUACACACCAUAAGCCCUGCAUGAAUGGAGCCACUUGUACCAAUACUGGUCAGGGGAGCUACACCUGCUCCUGCAAGCCUGGCUUCACAGGGGCCAGCUGCGAGAUUGAGGUCAACGAAUGCUCCGACAGCCCCUGCAGGAAUGGAGGAAGCUGCACUGAUUUGGAGAACACCUACAUAUGUGCCUGCCCCCCUGGUUUCUAUGGAAAAAACUGUGAGCUAAGCGCUAUGUCAUGCGCUGAUGGGCCAUGCUUCAAUGGUGGACGAUGUGCCGAUAAUCCUGAUGGGGGGUACUACUGCCAGUGCCCAAUGGGUUAUGCUGGCUUCAACUGCGAGAAGAAGAUCGAUCACUGCACCUCAAGCCCAUGCUCCAACGGUGCCCAGUGUCUGGAUCUCGUCAACUCGUACAUGUGCCAGUGCCCUGAAGGAUUCUCUGGACUGCACUGUGAAGACAACCUGGAUGAAUGUUCUGUCUACCCCUGCCAGAAUGGGGGCACAUGCCAGGAUGGGAUAAACGACUAUACCUGCACCUGCCCCCCAGGGUACAUCGGCAAGAACUGCAGCAUGCCCAUCAGCAAGUGUGAACACAACCCGUGUCACAAUGGGGCCACCUGUCACGAGAGGGACGGCCGCUAUGUCUGUGCGUGCAUCCCUGGUUACGGGGGCCGCAACUGCCAGUUUUUGCUGCCAGAGCAGUCCAUGGGCCAGCCAGUCUUCAGCGACCCUGACAAAAAGUACCUGGAGGGCGGCAAAAGCACAUUCCCCUGGUUGGCCGUGUGUUCCGGGAUCAUUCUGGUGCUGCUGCUGCUGGCGGGAUGCGCGGUUCUGAUGGUAUGCUUCCGGGUGAAGGUGCAACGUGGGAGCCGGGCAGCCGAUAGCCAGAGUGAGAGUGAGACCAUGAAUAACCUUGCCAACAACUGCCACCGGGAGAAGGAUACCUCAGUCAGUGUAAUCGGGGGUGCCCCUGUCAAGAACAUCAACAAAAAGGUGGACUUCCACAGUGACAACGACGGCAGUGAGAAGAAUGGUUAUAAAGCCCGCUACCCGCCAGUGGAUUAUAAUCUUGUGCAUGAGCUGAAGCACGAGGACUCGCCGAAAGAGGAGCAGGAGAGGGGCAAGUCCAAAUGUGGAGAAAAUGGUGACGAAGCAACGUCCGAAGAUGUAGACUGUGAGCUUGAAGACAAACGCAAAAGUCUGAAGAGCGAUGACACAGAAAAGAAACGUCCAGAGUUAAUGUGCAAGGACACAAAGUACCAGUCCGUGUAUGUCAUAUCUGAUGAGAAAGACGAAUGUAUAAUUGCAACUGAGGUGUAACGUACCACUACAAAGCUGUUGCUCGUUUGCUCUACGGGAGGUUUUACUCCGUUGAAUGCUGCUCAAACCAGAGGGAAGGUUUCCUUCGUGUGGCUGCUGCUGUGGGACUAGGACUUUGAAACUGAUAUUCAGAAUGAGCUGGUUCUCUCCUGAAGUAAGCACAGUGACUGACUGCAUCAAACAGUGGAUGUUGGGCCAUACUGGCCCCACUCUCUCAAGGUUAUAUCCCAGGAACGUGGUCUUGUUGCACUGCCUGUGAGGACGGUUUACCUCAUUGCACUAUGGACAGUUGCUUUUAAAAGAGAAUAUGUAUUUAACACACAAAAUAUGACUUGAUCACUGUGUAAUAGAGGUCUGCACUGUCUGAAGUGCACAUUUCAAAGCCCUCUGAACCAAAUCUGUGAGGUUUGCAGGUUUGAAGAUGGAAAUAAGGCCCUCAAAAAGUCUGUUCAAGAACAAAUACUUUUUUAAGUUGUAAUUUUUUAUCUAAUUUAAUUUGUUUUGUUUGUUGAUUAAUGUAUUUUUUGUGGAGUUAAAUUUCAUAAUUUAAAUUCAUUUUUUGCAAAUAUGUACAAAGGCACUUCGGGUCAAUGUGACUUUUUCAACAGAUGUAUUUAAGAAGGGUUGUACAGAAUGUUAUUGGAAUUGUUUUAAUACUGUUUUGUUAAUGAAUGAGAUAGUUAAAAUAUUUUUCCAAAUAAAUAAUAUUCCUGGCAAA